AUGGAUCCUCUACAGGAGCACCCACACCACGGCAAUCCCGAACAACGGCAAGCGAUUGAGGAACUUCGUAAUCUAUUUGACCUCGAUCACAAUUGUCUUGUCAAUGUCAUUCAACACUUUGAUAAUGAGCUCAGGGCAGGAUUAGCAGACGAUCGUUCGAGUGACCUGAAUAUGAUUCCAACUUACGUAACCGGAUAUCCAACUGGAAACGAAAAGGGAACAUACCUGGCCCUCGAAAUCGCUGGAAUGGACAUUUACGCUUGUCAAGUAAAGUUAAAAGGCGACAAUGGAAAACUGGCCAUCAACCAGUACCAAUACAAAAUUCCCCAAGACCUGACGAGUGGAGACGACUUUACGGUCCUGAUCGACUAUGUGGUCGAAUGUUUUUCGGAUUUUCUGACCAGAGUAAAUACCCAAGAUCUCUUUGUCUACCCAAUGGCAGUCUCCUUUGGUUUCGCAAUCAGACAGACUGGCCUGGACAGUGGCAAGGUACUCUCGCUAGGCCAUGGCAUUAGUUAUCCAAAUGGUGUAGGUGUCGACAUUGUGAAAUUAUUACAUGAACGUGUGAGGCUCAAGGGACUACCGGUUCGAAUAGUUGCAAUAGCAAAUGAUGCUGUCUGUACUCUCUUGGCACAUGCUUAUCAACAUCCGUGUACACGGAUUGGAAUAGUACACAGUCUAGGCACCAAUUGCGCGUACUACGAACGCACAUCAAAUGUUACCAAACUACGCGACCAACCCACCACUCGGGACCGGGACGUGAUCAUCAAUACAGAGUGGGGAAAUUUUGGAUCCUCUCGACGCACCUUACCUUGCACCUGGUUCGACCGCAAACUAGACCGAGAGUCGAUCAACCCACAGUUCCACAUGUUCGAAAAGAUGACGACUGGUAUAUUUUUGGGUGAGUUGGUACGUGGAAUCCUGAUCUACCUUGUCGAUCGGGAUCUGUUGUUCGGAGGAGACUGUUCAGAGACUUUGAAUACAACCCACAGCUUCGACACCAGCUAUAUGUAUGUCUGUGAAGGGGAUGAUUCGGAUACUUUGGAAGACACCCGGAUCGUGCUGGAAGACAUGUUGGAUAUCUCAAAAACAACUCUGGCCGACCGAGAGAUGGUCAGGCGAGUGUGUGAAUUAGUGGGUACCAGAGCAGCGAUGCUUGUGGGUGCAUCGCUAGCAGCAGUUGUCAAACGAAUGGUUGAUAGUGGAAUAGGCAUGGGCGAAGAAGAAGAAGGAUACGCAAUUUCAAUUAGCGGUAGUAUUUAUGAAGAUUAUCCAUCAUUUCAUCCUCGGGUCUGCAAAACUCUCAAAGAACUCCUUCCAGAAUCAAUUGCUUCUCGACUGUCUGUUGGUAUCGUCAAACACUCUCGAAUUGUCGGUGUAGCCAUUGUAGCCAUGAUGGCUGAAAAGGCAGCGGCCAAUUCACCUUGA